UUUUCCAUGAUUUAGCCUUUAUUUUUUACUGAACCGUAUCGAAUCGAAAGCGCACUGUAUCGAGGUUUGUCUCAUAUCAGUGACUUCUUAACAACACUCGGCCUCAGUCAACAGGGAAACGUGGCUCUUGCCCCGUCUGGGAGUAUGACAUCAUCACAUUCUAGAACCUGAAAACCUCCCAGUUCCAUCAGGUUCACGGCGCCGAUGACAUCAUACAUGUAAAGUUCCAUAAAGCCUUGUUACCAUGGCAACUCCGGAACUCAAAGCUAAACUUCAAAGCUUUGUGGGCUUUAACUCAAAGCUUUGUUUGGCCUCGGGGAGAUUAUAAGAGUAGGCAAAUCGCAAAUCACAAAUCGAAAAUCACAUAUCGCUUAACGGAAAAGGCACAUUUAGCUGAGCUUGACACAGAGCAAAUCGUACAAAGAUUUCAAACAGUAGACUUCACAGAGGAGACUUUACAGAGGAGAUUUCACAGAACACGACGAGUUACAGCAAUACCUAAAGCUGAAAACAUGCCUCGGGAGAACAGAGCUGCGGCUGUGGGAACAACCCGGGCCCGACCAAGUCAACACAGCCAAGUUUCAGAGCCUCCACCACCAGCGAUAGCGCCACAAUCCGCCUUCAAUCAAACACUAAUACAGCAGCAAAAUGCUUGGAGGAAAUCAAAUUGUGUAAAAGAGGUUGAAAAACUUCAAGAAAAGCGUGAGAAGAGACGACUUCAGCAACAGGAACUCAGAGAAAAGAGGGCCCAAGAAGUAGAUGUCAAUUUACCCAACUAUGAAAUUAUGUGCAUGAUCAGAGACUUCAGAGCCAGUCUGGACUACAGGCCCCUAACCUCCAAUGAUCAAGUAAGUCAUAUUAACAUACAGUCCCUGACAAAACAUAGGGGCCCGAGCGGCGAGGGUAGCCCAGGGCGACGAGAACAAACGCGGGGAGAAGGUGCAGAAAUCAGCCAGGUGAAGCGCCCAAGGCUUUGUGGAGGUGAUCGGAGAAUUGAAGCCAAACGAGAAGGACGUCAAAGGUAG